CAAUAACGAAGGGAGAAAUGAUGGCACCGUAAGAGAAGCCCGCGAUGGAAGCGGUAACAACGGACAAGAUGCCAACAAUAGAGGCAAUGCUGAUGGAGGAGACCCCGCAGGUGAAGCCAACCAAAGCAAACAGGCAAAUCUAUGCUCCUGUGACUUCACAGAAAGAUUGAACUUCAUUCCGCAGGAAAAAACCAAAGUAGUGUGUAACCUAAACCCGCACCACGGAGAAGAGGUGAAAAUAUGGGUCAACAAAGAAUACGAAGUGAGAUGCUUCCAAAACUCUCGAGUUUACUGUCCACUAAAAGACUACAUAAUAAACAGCGCAAAUAUUCUUAACUAUUCCCCCAAACUGAAAUAUCAAAUAAAUGACGUAGUGCACAGAGAUAGGGAGGUAAAGGAAUAUCAUCUCGAGAUUGACAAAGAAGCAAGUGACAUUUUAUUUUUCUGUUCAAUCAAACCUAAGCAAGUAUCAGAAUUGCUAGAGGGAGAAGUGAAAAUAAAUUUAAAGAGAGAAAUUAGUGAGGAGUAUUCAGUAGCAACUGAAGAUGGGAUACACAUAUGUGAUUUUUCUAAAGGAAAUUUAAACAUAUCUCCAUCAGCAGGGUUUUAUUAUAAAAAUGACAGAUCGGUUAGCUGUAUUUACCUUGUCAUCCCGAACAAAUUAUUUUUAAUUAAGUUACCCAAAUUAAGCAUUGUCACCGAUCAGUUUCUCCCUAGUUUGGUUAACUGUUUAUCUGAACACUCUUUUAUUAAUUUUAAUUUGAAACAUGUCGAAGAAGCUGAUGACUCCAUUUAUUUACAUCUAUCCUUUGGUGAUUUUAAAAAAACCUUUAACCUGUCCUGUGCAUUUGACUUAUCCGAAUAUGCUGUUGAGCCCUGUUCUCUGGGAAAGAAGGGAGUCGUGACGUUUUACUUCAACGCCGCCUA